GACUGAAACGCUGCAGCAGGAACUCAACUCAGCUCAGUCGUAGUUUAAAUCAAUGAGCAAUGGAUCACUGUGCUCCACUUUCAUAUUACCUGUAGCUCAGGAAGCAUCUCCAGGACUGGGAGCUGACUUUGUUGUGGACUAUCAUCUGUCAGAGGCAGACGGCGUGCCAGUACGAUGCAGCUACAACUGUGCUGACCAACAGCAGCUCAACAAGUCACAACACUGGACAGCUGACGGCUGCAGCCUGGAUGUGAUACUGGGUCAGAGUGUGAGUUGGUAACCCUGCCCGAGUGUGCGAUGUGUGGACCUGCCCUGCCUCUGUGUCUGCUGCUCUGGAUAGUAGGGACGGCUGUUUCCAGGACACAAGGUGAGGUCAUAGCUCCUGCCACUCUGAGCGUGGAGGCAGGUCGUCCCCUCCUGCUGAGCUGUAACGUCACCACGGCGACAGGCGACACCGUCCGGCAAGUGCGCUGGCACAACAAGCACAACAAGAUCCUCCUGGCGUACGAGCAAAGCGCCCCGGCCCGCAUCAGCCACCAAGACCCCAACGUGCAGCUCACUGCCGCCCACAACGACGCCAGCUACAUCACCAUCAAGAAGGUGCAGCCCGAUGAUGAGGGCUGUUACCUCUGCGUCUUUGAUGUGUUUCCCACGGGCCAGCAAUCCGGCAAGACGUGCGUCAGCGUCACUGGUACAGUGCGCCAGGAGGGCAACAAGACGGCCGUGAGCGGGCAGCCGGUCACCCUGUCCUGCUGGUACAGCCUCCCAGAGAGGGUGCACCAGGUGCUGUGGAGGAAGACGGCCGAGCAGGGCGACACCACCACCGUGGCCUCCUACGGCAAGCACAACCACCACUUCAUAGCGGACCAUUUCAAGGGUCGCGUUGGCUUGAGCCGAAGCCUGGGCGACACCCAGCUGACCAUCCAGACAGUGACGACGGAGGACGAGGCCUGCUACACCUGCGAGUUCCACACAUACCCAGACGGCACCAAAAGCGCCACCGCCUGCCUCUCUGUUUAUGUUUUACCCAAACCAGAGGUGAGCCAUGCGACCUCGCCCUCGGGAGUCACCGAGGCCAACUGCACCGCUCAGUCCCGACCUGCGGCGGAGAUCAUGUGGAACGUCGGCGGGGACAACCGAACGCUCGGGCCGCCCGUUUCUUCUUCCUACGAGCAGGGCGACGGCACGACGAUAGUGACGAGCACGCUGCUCUUCCAAUCAGGGCUGCUCAGUGACCUGUCCGUCAAGUGCAUCGUGCACCACCAGGGUCUGAAGAAACCCCUGACGGUGUCCCUCAACGCACACGUGGGUCCAGCCAUGGUCAUCCUCCUCUCAGUGUGCGGUGUGGCAGCGGUGCUCCUCCUGUGUCUGUGUGUGUGUCUCUGCAAGUGCUUCAUCUGCACCGACGACUGAUUUGGGAGGCCGGCGUCACUGCUGCUUUGAUGAAGGUCCAGCGGAUCUCUGAGCCUGACCUAGCUGCUCAGCACCGUGCCCUCCAGCUCAGCGUGCAGAGGAAAGGGAACAGAGCUUUUUCACAGAACUGAGCCAACACUGCUGGUUCUGCUCCCAUGAGCUGUGAAGAUACAGACAAACAUUUCUCUUGUCAUUUACAGUAAAGUAAAAAACAGAACUAAAACCACAUUAUUUAAUGCUAGAUACUACACUUACAGUAGAAACGUUGCUUUGAUGAUUGAUCCUGAUAUGAAGAUAUGAAGAUCACGGAGGUCCGGUAGUCGGACUAAAGUGAUGCUUUGUAACCUAAAAAGGUUGUUACAGUGUGUCUGUGUGUUGAACAGAUACGUUUUUAUAUAUAUAUAUAUAUAUAUAUAUGUGUGUGUAUUUUAAAUUAAGGUUGAGUAGAGUUUGCUCAGUUUGAAGUGUUUCGACUUUGAUGGGUAGCUUAUAAAGAAAAACUACUAAUUUAAACUAAUGUAAUCCAAAUUUAAAGAAAUCAAUACAUCACUUAUAAGUGGGGGAAUCAGUUAGUUCCCAUUCAAAAACAACACAAAGGUUACCGUCCUUUCUGAAGCGAUAACAAAAGAGGAAGUUUUGUGGGAUCAUGGGAGUUUUCAUUGACGUGACUCAGGCAGAAAUGAUGUAAUGUUAAAGUUUUAUUCAAGUUUCUCUCUCGUUGACGUGUCCCGUGUUUACCCCGUAGUUCGAGAAAACUCUCCAUUACCUGAAUAAACUGACAGUUUCCUCUGAGUUUGAACGAUGUUGGAAACAUUUGGGGAUAACUACACAACUCAACUAAAAUAUUUAACAUAAGUCUAGUGUUUAUAGUCAUUUUAAUGUAAAGUAUGUUACGUGUUGUCAACCCUGAAUGUUGCUCGGAUAUAUAUGACAGCCCCGGACACGCAGAAAUUUUAUCUAAUAACCAAAACUGUUUUAAGUUUGGCAGAAAAUUGAAUCUUCAUGUAAGACACUAUCGCUCACAGCUGAUUGUUUUUCUGGGCCUUCAAGGUGGCUGAAAAUGUAAAGACUCAUCCGCUGUCCUUUUGCCACUGCUCCCUAAUUGCUGUGGGCAUCUAAAAUUGCCACCUUGGGGUAUUACGUCACCUGAAAACCCUCUAUUUGUGGUAGUCAAAUCAAGAAGAGGGAUGAUUAAAAGGGUGCCCAUUUUAAACUAGACCUACAAGUUACAGUAAAUCAAAAAGAAGCAGGGGGGGGGGCUAAAAUCUAACUUUUUAGUGAACCAGUCCUGUUGUGAUUCAGACUGAAAGGUUGGUUUGGGUGGGAAAGAAUAAAAGGUUUAUUAUUUAUAGCUGCUGUGUUGUGUGGUUGACCUGUGACCUGUGUGCUCGGUGUUUAACACCGCCCAAACGAUUCCAGCGUGGAUGAAACCCUGCAGCUGUGAAUCACUGUGUGUGUGUGUGAGACUGAGAGUGUGUGUGGGGUUGUUUGUAUACAUCUGCAUGUCUGUGUUUUAAAUGUGAAAGUAAUUUGUCCGUGUGUGUGUGUGUGUGUGUGUGUGUGUGUGUGUGUGUGUGUGUGUGUGUGUGUGUGUGUGUGUGUGUGUGUGUGUGUGUGUGCGUGUGCAGUUUGUAUUGUUGUACAGUGUUUGAACUUUAGGGAGCACCAGCAGAGUUUUGUUUGGGAUAUAUAUUAAUAUAGGCCUGUGUGGGCUGUGUACAGUAAGGUUUUGUAGAAAAUCUCAUUUAUAAGAAGAAAACAUAUAUUCUAUUAACAAUUAAACUCAACAUCCUCUGUUACAGUGAAGUUUUCUGUAUAUAAAGGCGAUCAGAAGGUUUAAAUGUUAAUAAAUGCUUACAUUGAAGUAAAACAAACGUAGCUACGUUGUCUAUCUGCUGUUUACUUUCUAUUUCAGUUUAAUAAUCAUGUUUUCAGUGUUACAGUGUUUUGUUUUUUGAACAGUAUUCACCUUUUUAGUGUCUGUAAGAGUCAAUAAAUAGUUACCAGUCUGGUGCUGAGAAGAUAAAUCUAAAGUUAUAAGUGGAUCAGAAAUAAAAACCUGAGGAUUUA